GCCGUUCUCCUUGGCCGAGCAACGUGAUUUGGUGGCUCCCAGGCACGCGCAGCGCUUCGUGUCCCGGGAGCGUCUCCCCAGGGGCCGCCUGCAGGGUCGUGGGCGGCGGCGGCUGCUGCUGCUGCAGCUGCAGUUUCUGUGCAGCCUCUUCCACGCAGAAACACUUCGAACCAAUCACCUCUGCACUUCCUCCAACCUGUGGACAGGCUGGGCAAUGGUGAUCUUGAAAAUAAAACGCCUUCAAACGACCAUCUUUUCAUCCAAGAUCAUGUCAACUCCCAUUAAAAAAUUCUUCCGCAGACAUGUUCUUAAUUCAGGGAGGGAAUAAGUUACUUUCCUGUGGGUUUUUUUUUUUUUCCUCUAAUGUUCAGACAUAACUUUCUAAACCAAUUUUUUGUGUCUGUGCCAGUAAUUGGUAACAUUAUAUUGGGGCAUAUGGGGCUUAGGUAAGGGCUUUCCAAAUCCCAUGGGAAUGUGCAUCAAAAAAUAUUCAUCCUGAGUUCUGUAAUUAAUAAAGCACUGAUUGCCCUUAUUAAUUCUUUCAACUGUGGAGAGGUAAUAUAGCAAGUACUUCAUCUCCUAGCUGAACACAUAGUUGAGUUUAUCUCUUGUACAAAGAUUUUUUUUUAAAGUAGCUUUUCUAGAUACAAUGACUCUAAUAUUGGGUCUCAGUAAAAUGUAUAUGACAGGUUCAAAUCCAACUGAGAGAGAAGAAAAAUAUACCUUAUUUCCUUGCUGCUGGGUGUAGCUAUGGUAAUCCCCAAAAUGACCUUCCCUGAAUGAAUCAAGUGAUGAAGGCCAGAGUCAGGGAGUGCAAAGAAAACAAAAGGGGACUUGCUGAUCAGAAUUUCCCUUCUACAAUGUUCUGAUUACACUGAUAAGUGGUAAUGAGCUUUUCUUUCUGCAGUUUUCUUUUCAGCAGGGUGGAUGGGGAGCAUCACUGGCUGACAAGCUGGUCAGGUUACAAUACCAGAUGGGCCAAAAUUAUCCUCCCAAGAUUAAUCAGGAAAGGGAACAGUUUGGACAACCCAGUGGUAGUUACAAUUUUCUUUGGUGCCAAUGACAGCGCUCUAAAAGACGAGAAUCCCAAGCAGCACAUACCCCUGCAUGAGUAUGUUGCAAAUUUAAAGAGCAUGGUGCAGUACCUAAAGUCUGUGGACGUCCCUGAAAGUCACGUCAUUCUCAUCACGCCGCCCCCUCUUUGUGAAGCAGCCUGGGAAAACGAGUGCAUCAUGCAGGGUUGCAAGUUAAAUCGCCUGAAUUCGGUUGUUGGUGAAUAUGCCAGUGCAUGUUUACAAGUGGCCCAAGACUGCAGGACUGAUGUGCUUGACCUGUGGACCCUGAUGCAGAAGGACAGCCAGGACUUUUCAUCCUAUUUAUCAGAUGGAUUACAUUUAUCACCACAAGGAAAUGAAUUUUUGUUCUCACAUCUCUGGCCUUUGAUCGAGAAGAAGGUCUCCUCUCUGCCCUUGCUCCUUCCUUACUGGCGGGAUGUAGCGGAAGCAAAACCUGAACUCAGUCUGCUGGGAGAUGGAGACCAUUAGUCAAUCUCAGGCAACCCAAGUCUGCCUCUGGCUGUUAAAUUUACAGAAUUCGAAGUCACCAGUGCGCAAAGAUUCCAAGGACAUUAAUUGCAGAAUUUUUUUUUUUUCCUUAAAAAAGAUUAAACUUUUGCCCAUGACUCUGGAUCAAAAACAUUAAACAUCUGCCACCAAUAUUAAUAAAAAUAUUAGGAUUUUUCAGGGAA